AUGACCGCUGUGUCUGCAAACGGAAAGGUUACCGAGAAGCACGAGAACGGUGCUCACACCAAUGGACUCACGAAUGGAAAUGAUGUGGUCCAAGUUCACACACCACAGCCAGUUUACUACAAGACUCCACAAGUUCUCGAGACAUUCGAAUUGACACUCAGAAAGCAUUUCGAAGAGAAAACAAAUCAGAAAUUCGCCGACUACCGUGCGUUCCACCGAUUCACCUGCGACAACUAUGGAAUUUUCUGGGAGGAGCUGCUCAAAAUCUCCGAGGUCAAACUUCACCAAAACUAUAACCAGGUUAUCGAUAACAACCUGAAAAUCAACGAAAGACCAAGAUGGUUCAACGGUGCUACUCUCAACUACACUGAAAAUGUGAUUGAACGUGGAACAGCUGCCGAUGUUGCCGUUUUGAAUGCCAGCAUUGAUGGAUCAGUCGUUGAAUACACUUACGAUAACUUGCGCAAAGACGUGUAUCGCGUUGCCACCUCUCUCCGCAACUACGGAAUCGGACCUGGAGACACUGUCUGCGGAUUCGUUCCAAACACCUAUGAUACUUUGGUUGCUGUAUUUGCCACUGCCGCAGUUGGAGCUGCUUGGUGCUCAGCAUCGGUGGAUUUUGGACCAGCUGGAGUUCUUGACAGAUUUAGACAAGUUCACCCCAAAGUUUUGUUCACUGUAAAUCAUGUCACUUACAAGAAGAAACUGAUUGAUCAAACCGACAAAAUCAACGAGAUCCUCCCAACCCUCGAAAAAAUUGUUGUGUCGGACACAUUCACCUCCAUCAAGCUUGAUGCCUCCAAAUACAAUCAGAGUGAGAAGUUCAUCUCUUUGGAAGAGUUCAAGACCCCAAUCACCGACGUUGUACUCCCAUUCGUAUAUACUCCAGUGCCAUUCUCCGAUCCACUCUUUGUCAUGUUCAGCUCAGGAACUACUGGAAUUCCAAAAGCAAUGGUCCAUACAGUCGGAGGAACAUUGUUGAAACAUAUUGAGGAGCAUUUGGUGCAAGGAGACUCUAAGAAGCACGACCGUAUGUUCUUCUACACAACUUGUGGAUGGAUGAUGUACAAUUGGAUGAUUUCCUUCCUCUAUUCUAAAGGGUCAGUUGUGUUGUUCGAUGAAUGCCCACUCGCCCCGGACACUCACAUAAUCAUGAAAAUUGCUUCCAAGACAAACUGCACUAUGAUCGGAAUGGGAGCAAAACUAUACGACGAGUACCUCCGUCUUCAAAUCCCAUUCAAUGCCAUCUACGAUUUAUCCAGAAUUCAUACAGUCUAUUCAACUGGAUCUCCACUGAAAAAAGAGUGUUUCGCUUACAUUAACACUUAUAUCGCGCCAGCGGCACUUAUUGCAUCAAUUUCUGGAGGAACUGACAUCAUUGGUUGCUUUGUCGGAGGUAUCAAGUCACUGUCGAUCACUCCUGGAGAAUGUCAAUGCUUGUUCCUUGGAAUGGAUAUUAAAUCUUUUAAUUAUAUGGAUGAAGAGAUUACCAACUCUGACGAGCAAGGAGAAUUGGUGUGUGUCACUCCAUUCCCAUCGAUGCCAUCCCAUUUCUUGAACGACACCGACGGAAAGAAGUACCGUGAUGCAUAUUUCGCCCGUUUGGAGCCAUACUGGGCUCAUGGAGACUUUGUGAGAGUCAACCAUGCAACUGGAGGUGUUGAGAUGCUCGGAAGAAGUGAUGCUACGCUGAACCGCGGAGGUGUUCGCAUUGGAACUGCUGAGAUUUAUUCAGUUGUUGAGAAGAUUCCACAAGUUGCUGAUUGUAUUGUUGCCGGAAGAUUGGUCGAAGAAGGCAUGGAUGAGGAAGUAUUGCUCUUUGUGAAAAUGGUUCCGGGUCAAGAGCUGACACACACCAUUCAGGCUGCCAUUGUCUCCAAACUGCGGAAUGACAUGUCGCCGCGUCACGUUCCAAAUAAGAUCUACGCCGUUGAUGAUAUUCCGUAUACGUCAAGCGGAAAGAAGGUGGAAGUGGCUGUAAAGCAAAUUGUAAGCGGAAAAGCUGUGCAGAAGGCCUCGUCGAUCCGCAACCCAGAAUCCCUCGAUCACUUUGUCCAGUAUAGAUUGUAA